GCUUGACUAACUGGAACGGGGACAUGUUUCAUUUCAAAGAGAACCGUUCCGCGAAGAGGCACGGAGGCGCACGGAGCGGACCGCCUGGAAACCUUCGCGUCACCAUGAACUCUGUGUCGGUGCGCCGCAACUCUGCAGCGGUGCCUUUCGUGCUGACUUUUCUGGUGAUUGUGGCAUCUGGAGGCCUGCUCAUGAUGAUCGAGAAGGGCAUGCUGAACACUGUGGAAGCGCCGGGACCGCGGGCUAUGGGCAGGAGGAUCCCCACGGCCGAGGAAAUGGGGAACAGUCACGGAUACGAGGACGUGGACUUCCAGGUUUCUCAGGACAUCCGGAACCGGACCAUCAAGGCCAUGUGCAGUCAGAGGAACAUGCCUCGUGAUAUUUGGUCCCUUCAGCCAGCACAGAGACGAACGUUACUCCAACACAUUUUAGUCAAUGACCAAUACGGCUUUCUCUACUGCUACGUGCCCAAAGUCGCCUGCUCCAAUUGGAAAAGGGUUAUGAAGGUUUUGAGCGGUGUCCUGGAGAACGUCAAAGUCAACAUUAAGAUGAACCACAAAAGUGAUCUUGUAUUUUUGGCAUCCUUGAAACCAGACGAAAUAAAGUACCGACUUCAGCACUAUUUCAAGUUCAUGUUUGUGCGGGAACCAAUGGCACGUCUGCUUUCUGCGUACAGGAACAAAUUUGGCGAGAUUGAGGCUUAUCAGAAAAAAUAUGGCGUUGAAAUUAUAAAAAGAUACAGGAAAGGAUACAUCAAGGAUUCCAAAAUUGCCGGAGAUGAUGUAACCUUUGAUGAAUUUGUUCGUUACUUGCUUGAUGAAGACAUUGAGCGAAUGAAUGAGCAUUGGAUGCCCAUGUACAACCUCUGUCAGCCCUGUGUAGUGCCAUACAACUUUAUUGGCACCUAUGAGAACCUUGAACGGGAUGCGGAGUAUGCGCUUCAACAAAUCAAAGCACCCUCUACUGUCCAAUUUCCAGAAAGGCAGGCAUGGUACAAGCCAAUCACAGCAGAAACAUUACAUUAUUAUCUAUGCAGCCUGCCACAAAAACUACUAAAAGAACUAUUGCUCAAGUAUAUUCUAGACUUUUCACUUUUUACAUAUCCACUUCCUAAUAUUACCACUGAAUACUGUCGACAUUAGCUACAGUGUUUUAUAGUUACAACCACACUUAUAUAAAUUACAAUAUGGUUGAAAAUCCUAUUUAUUUUGGUAAGGAUUUGCUUUGUAAUUGUGAUUUGGGUGGUUAUUGCUUUAGGCUCCCAGUGAGAGUCAAACUCUGCAAGUGUCUUGUCUAAUUCUUGGUCAAUAUAGCUACUGACAUAAACAGAUUUAUCAAGGAUAUGCUACACAUUCUAUGAUUGUUCCUGUACAGCAAGUUUACAAUUUAGUAUUGUUUCGGUAUUACUGGGGAGCAACAGUUACUUUUUGUUGUUACAUAUCUAGGUUAAUGGUAGAACCUACAUGAAAACCACUUGAGAAACCAAAUGUCUAUUCACAUUUAAAUGCACUGUUACAUUGUAUCUGACUGUAAAAUGUAUAUUAGAACAUUUUUGUGGUAUUUUUUGUAUAUGAAUUCAACAGGUUGUUAAUGCAAGAAUGGCUGCUGGAGUUUAGCUUGCUGGCUGAACAGAUACAAUUUUCACUGUGUUGAAAACUUCUAUGGGUCUCCUAUAAUUCCUAAACCUUCGAUAUUUUAAUAAAAUCAAAUAUUUGUAAAAGGUGCAUUGAUUGACAAAGAAAUAAGUGUAAUGUCUAUUUGUUAUUAUGUUAUGACUCUUUGGUGGAGUCGUCCAAAUGCAUUUAUUUUUUUGGGAUGGGCAGGGGUUGUUUUUUUUGUGUGAAAUAAAGCAGUUUUUUUCCUGAU